AUGUCUUCUCCAGUACCACAACGCAGACAGCCCGAUAUCUUCGCCAGCUUUCCCAAGCUGCCAAUUGAACUACGACUGAUGAUAUGGGAACUUGCUCUUGAUCAGCCUCGCCAUACAGUCCAUGUAUACCCUUUGGGAGAUGACCAUUCAUCCAACGGCCCUGACCCCCAACCGAUUGGUAGGUCGACACUUAAUUUCAUCCUCGAGAGAGAGUAUGCUCUGUGCAUGAGGCAUAAAGGCGAGGCAACAAACGGAUAUGAGAAGAAUGGAAAGGACAGGGGCAUGUGGAGGGCAUGCAGAGAGUCCAGGGAUGCUAUAAAGAAGAGCACCAAAGGGCCAUUCGAAUCAUGUUUUGAUAAUCCCCUCACAGCUAGACUCACAAAUAUCUUGAACGCAGAUAUCAUCCAUCUCGUGCGUGUCUCCUAUCCCCUAAACGAAAUCGUCACCAUGGGCGUUGAUCCUGGCCGAGCCCUCACGGAAAAGGUUGAUAGAGCUAUAAGAUCAGAAAAUGUAUUUCUGAUUGAUAUCAAACGCCCUUUACAUCGCAUGAACGCUCUUCCAGUUGUGUGGAAGUUUGUCGACUGGUUUGCACCACUUGGCCGAGUCUUUCUUGUCGACUACGGCUUGAAGCGAAGUAGGCCUAUAGAGCCUGGGGCUACUGUAUCGGAUGUCAUAUUCGAGGGAAACGGGAGGCGGUUUGUUAAAGUUCGUAUGGAUGGUGCUGGGUGGCAGAAGGACGUUCCGGGACAGGGGAACCAGCGUGUGCACCACCUCAUUCCGGACGGACAUCGUACUAGAUUUCACAUUGCUGCCUGCGAGUAUAUAUAG